AUGAAGCACAUCCGCGGCCUCGUCUCAACGACACAGGCUCUUCGCCAGACAUUCCUCCUGCCUCAAGCAUCACGAGCAUCAACGCGACUCCAAUUCAAUCAUCACUUUCCCAUUCAGAAUUUAUCACAAACACGGUUUCGCUACGCAAGUUCCAGCAGUGGCCCGCAAGGCACUGGGGAGAUCAAAGACGAAAACAUUCAAUCAGAUUAUGUCCACGUUGUCGGCGAGGAUAACAAACUCAGUGGCCCAACAAAACUCAGCACUUUCCUGAGCAGUCUCCAAAGACCACAGCAAUACCUACUUCAGGUUCAGGCCGGCACGCGCGAUCGGCUACCCGUCUGCAAAGUCAUAAAUCGCCGCGAAGCUCAAGACCGCGCGCGCGCCUUUGCCAAAGCCGCCAAAGCCGCCAAGAAGACUGUCAAACAAGUUGAGCUGAACUGGGCCAUUGAUCCUCAUGACCUUGCUCACCGACUUAAAAAAAUCUCGGAGUUCCUGGAGAAGGGUAUACAGGUGGAGAUUAUCCUAACGAGGAAGCGACACAAACGGCCAGCGACUGACGAAGAGGUCAAAAAUGUGAUGGAAAAAAUACUGCAGGCAAUUAAAGAUGCCAAUGCUACACAAAUCUCGCCUAUGGAGGGCGAACCCGGCAAGCGGGUUGUGCUUACAGUGAAAAGGAAGGACACGUAA